GAAAUGGGAAGAUUACGAUAGUCUAGAUCUAUAAGUGGUUAAGAUGUAACAAUAUUAACGCUCGUGGAACAAUUGUAAUUAAUUCUUCUAAUUGUAAGGAAAAAGGAACUGUAUUAUUAUUGGCAGUGAUUUUUAAUAUAUAAGGUACCUAAAAAAAGUGAUAUGACGUUUCUAAGACUCUUACUUUAUGGCGGUUUCAUAUUUAUCACCGCGAUAGCAUUUUCUGCCGAUGAAAAUACAGAAGAUAUCAUCGAUACAUUGGUUACACAUAAUAACUAUGUAAUACCAACGCAUUACAACGUCAAGUUAAUACCAUAUUUCAAAGAAGACGAAGAAAGAGAUGAUAUAUAUCUAACCUUUAAAACAAAUAUAGAAAAGCAUCAAACAAAUGGCAGAAUUAUCAUCUAUGGCGAAAUCAAUGCCACAAUUCAUAUUUUCCAUCCAAUUAUAAAAAUAAGUUUAAAUUCAUCGAAUUCAAUUCACUAUUUAUCAGCAGAAUUGAUUGAAAGAGACGAUAUCAAUCUUAAGCUAAAAGAACAUUAUCCUCAUUUAGCGGAGAAAAUUGAAUAUGAUAAUGUAACGCAAAAUUGUGUUCUUCAUUUCGAAUAUGAGAUAUUACCUAAAAAAUACGUAUUAAAUAUAAAAUUUCUUAAUACAAUUAAUACCUCGGAAGACGAUAACAUUUUCUUAAAAACUACAUAUAUAAAGAAAUCAGAAAAUGAAAAAUCAUGGGACAAAACACAUUUCCCGACAAUUGAGGCCCAACGAUUGUUCCCAUGUUGGGAUAAGCCGGCAAUAAAGGCCACUUUCAACGUUUCCAUAAAGCAUCAUUGUAAUUAUUCAGUUUUCUCAAAUAUGCCAAUAGAGAGAAGAGAAAAUGCACAAGAAAAAAUGCACAAAUACUUAUUAAAUAAUACAGAAGUAUGUAUGCAAUGGACAUACUUCGGCACUACUCCUUCUAUGCCUGCUCAUCUCGUGAUGGUUAUGAUUACAUCGAUAUGUUUUUUUAGAGAAACAAGUAUUAUUUACAACGAAAAUCUACAUUCUAUUGCGCAUAAAAUAGAAGCGGCAUGGUCGAUAACACGUGGAAUAGUAUAUCAAUGGUUUGGUAAUUUAAUUAAUCCAUCUUGGUGGUCUAAGUUGUGGUUAAACGAUGGUCUUAUUACAUUGCUCGGAAUGGACGUUAUGAAUGCCGUCAAUGCUAUUGAACAUUACAAAAAUUCGGAGAUAUUGGAUUUACUCAUAGUUCAAACUCAAUAUGAAUCUCUCCAACUGGAUGAUUGUAACUUUACGCAGUCUCUUUUAUCAGAAGCCAGCAAUCCUCCCUUUAUACAAGAUGCUCUAUAUGAAACAUAUCCCAAUACGAAAGACAAACUUUUUUUAAAGUAUCUAGUAAAUGGUUGGACAAAGUAUGUGAAUUAUCCAACAUUGAAAAUAGAGCGAAAUUAUUCUGCAAAAAAAAUGCAUAUAGCAAUAGAAAACUACGAUUUUCUUGAAAAUAACCUGCUAUGGAUACCUGUAACGUUUACUACGCAGAGUCAUCUUGAUUUUACGAAUGUUGCUUCUCCGCUUGAUGAUGAGAGAUUAAUACUUAUAUCAUCAACACUUGGCAACCAAAUUGAUAUAGUAGAAGAUGGUUGGGUGAUAUUUAACUUACAACAAGUUGGGUACUAUCGCGUUAAUUACGAUAGUAAAAACUGGCAAAGAAUUGCAAAAUAUUUAAACUCUAGAGAAUAUAUAAAAAUACAUGUUCUCAAUCGUGCUAAAAUCAUCGACGACGCAUUUCGUUUUAUGAUAACACAACAACUUGAUUCUUUUAUAUUCUGGAAUUUGACAAGCUAUCUUGCACAAGAGACAAAUUAUAUAGCAUGGUAUCCUAUGAUCAAAGCUUUUGAAUAUAUGUCGAGCGUCUUUCCGUUUAUAGAUACAGAUAGCAGAGUCAAUAUUAUCAAGGUAAAUAGUUUAAAGAUUUCAUUCAUAAAAAAGUGUGGAAAGUAUUACAGAUUUAAUUAACUUUAUUUACAUAAUAAAAUAUAUAUAA